CUCUUCCGCCGACGCAUCACGCACGAUCUGGCACGGCGACCACCGAAAGACUCGACUUGUCACUCCCGCAAACGAACAAAAACUCAUAUGGUCAUCUCAGCCUAUCUUCUAGUGAGGUCCAGACACGAAAGCGGUUCAUUGUAUUAGCAUGGGCAAACUUUUGUGGUCAUCCGGUGUUCGCAGUAUCCGAUUUUGCAAUGUAGUUAUAGCACAUGGUGAAUGUACGCGCACCGCCCGAACGUGGGCUCACUCCCCUCCGUUGCCCGCAACAUGCUUGCUCUAUCAACAUCGUAGAAGGCAUACGCACCACCGAAGCGUACCACCCAUAACUCUUCCCGCCACUCUCCAUUCUUUGAACUCCUGUCUGGCUCAACGAAAGAACAUGUAUUCACGGAUGGUGAGCCAUCGUCAGGCUACAUCUCCCGCGUCUGCCUCCCCCGAUAAACACGAUCCCGAUUACUAUAUCAACAUUGGAACAGCCACUCGCAUCCUGCGAGACGAUCUACCAAGUUUCAUGGAGCAAGGGCUGACCACGUUUGAUAUUUACUCGAAAGAAGUGGCUUUCACGGAGCCUUACCACUUGAAAUUCUGCUGUCGUGGUCGGCGAUGGUACAAGUUUCUUGCUGGCUCCACCCGAACACUAUUGAGGAUGUAUUUUGCCGAGGGUGAAUUGAACAUUAUCAAGAUGCAGCAGAUGCGUGGGCCAGAAAGGGCCGCUGGCGACAAAACCCAGGAUGCUGAACCUGAGCAAUCGGAACUUGAUGGGGACGGAAGUGGAGUGCGAUUAGUUGUGCGAUGGAUAUUCGAAGGCACCCCUCGGCACCAGCUGAUUGCCAAUAACAUGGAUAUCCUGGCCACUCCACGAUCAGUAUAUGAAGGAGUGUUCGUCUAUGUAUUCGAUGAUGAGGGAUUGAUAAAGGAACAUCGACUAGAAGCUAUUCAUCCCUCGCCACCAUUGUUUUCGGGGUAUAGGUGGUGGAAGGGCUACCGUGCGCCAGUAGAACCGAAUCUCAGCAUGAGAGCAGAGGCCGUAAAGAUUCCAGUUCGAGGGCGACGAGUGGAUGAUGAUAAAGGAUAACGAGAGGAGCUGAUGCCAAGUGUUUACAGACCUACUAUAGAUGAAGAGACCUCUACCGAUUAAAUGUGGGCGGUACUACAGGGAUCACAGACAGCCCAGCAACCCUUGCUGUUCUCAUUACAGUCGGUGGACCCGAAGCCCGGUUAUCCGAGAUACAGCGAGUACGUCCUCUAUGCGACUCUGUCAUGCUCAGUAACAUAAAUAUCCCACGUAACGCAUACGUUCUGCCAUAAUAUCAAAUUAUCUAUACAAAAAUGCACCACUAAAUAUAUGUUAUUCUCUCUCCAA